AUGGCGGACUCUCUUCUUUCCUCUAUCGCAACCUUUCACACCAUGAAGAUCAUUGUCACAGAUCCUUCCAAGUAUUCCUUCAUUGGAUCGAUCCCAGCAGCUAUGUAUGCCUGCAUGUCUGACGCAAGCAACGUUAUUCAAGAAUACAAGAAGCAUCCUUCUUCGGGCCCAAGGGAACUCACUCCUGCCAUGACUCGCUCCAUUAAGGAAGUUGACAAGCCGGCCAAGAGGGGAAAGAAACCAGAAACACAAAAGGAGGUGAAGGCCACUAAACCAACCAAGGGAGAUAAAGGGGGUAAGGUUUCCAAAGUUCAAACACCUAGGAAGCGAAAGUCAGAGAAAGCAGCCCCCGCUCAACCUAAGCCGAAGAAAGUCAAAAAACCAGCUCGACGACUAACUCUUCAAUCUUCAAGUGAUUCUGACUCAGAGUAUGUGCCACCUACUCAACCCACACCUAUUCCAAGUGAAUCUAAUAGCGAAAGCUCAGAGGAUGAGGGUUCGGCACGUGGUGAUACACCGCCUCACUCGCCUACACCAGAGGUAUCUGUUCGGUCCAAAGCCCCUUCUCCUCCACCAGUUUAUGUUCCUGUCUCUAUCCCUCCUAUUUUUCCUAUCACUACAUCUCAACCAUCAACUACUAUUCCCAUUUCUGCUCCAAUUUUUACAGAAGCUACAACUACCACCACUACUGGAUUGGAACCAACUGAUGACGACGAAGAUGCUGCUAUAACCAAGCGCCAUCUCAAGGCUGUUACUGAAAAGCUUGAUCAGCUGCUUUCUUCCUCUUCCACUGGUGCUUAUUCUGACGCUGCUCUCAAAGCCUUGUUCUCUUCAGUUGUAAAGGAACAUGAUGCUUCUCUCUCUGCUGCAGCAAAGGCCAUUGAUGCCUCUACCUCCCAGUGCCAAAAGGCCUCUCUUGCUGUUGAAGCUUCAACGAAAGAGUGCAAAGAAGCGACCGCAAAAGUCGAUAAACUAAUUUCUAAGUCUCAAUUGUUCCUUGAUUCUUUGCAGGCUGGUGCUCAAAAGAACUCUCAGACAGUGAAUGUUUCGGUUGAUAAUCUUCAGCGUUCUCUUCAAGCUGAAAUGACUAGUCUUGCAGCCACUCGUCAGGACAUUGAAGCUGCCAAUGCCACCCUUCACGAUAAUGUCAAUGAUCGUCUGACUCAACUAGAAGCAAAGUUGGCUGUCGAAAAUCGCAUAAUGGAUGAGUUAGACAAGCGUACCUCUCAACUGAAAAUGCAAAACCUCAAGCUUUGCACUGCAACAAACGAGCUUAAUGAUUUAAAGUCUGAAAGGGAGUCAACAGCUGAACCGCAGGAUAAUGAAGCUUCGGUCAGCAAAAGGGAUAAGAGGAAAAAGAAAAUUGGUGAAGAUGAUACAGAUAAUGAUGAUGAUUAUUAUGAAGAUACUUUGGGUGAAAUUCCCUCUAAGCCUUUUCAGAAAACAAAACUUUCUGAGAAAGAGUUUGCAGAAAAGAUCAAGAAACAAACAGCUGAGCUGGAGAAGAAGCAAAAACAAAAGGAGCUCUUGGAGAAAAAUAAGUCCAUUUUUCCAGAGUGGACCAUUGAUUUGCUUCAAAGAGAUGCUAUAGAAGAACCGAGUACUCAUUGGCUCAAACCUGUCAUGUCGUUCGGCCUUGAAAACUCAAAGGAUGCACAGUUUGACAUGCCAAUCACUCGAAAGGCAUUUAUCUUUCAUUGCUUCAACUCCACUGCUGCCAUCCCCUCGCCGGACCCGAAGGUGGAUCGGGAUCUGUUAGAGUUUUAUCUGGAGUUCGCUCAACCACAGUACUUGACUUGGUGCUCAUAG